UUGCUCCUCCUCCGUGGGGCUGAAGGGAGGUUCACACACUGAAAUCUGAUACAUGUGCUUACAGAUGAGCUCUUGUCCUCGUGAGUUUAUCCUGAUCGCGCAGUCCGUGCGAGAGAAUCGGCUGGUGUAAAUGGAGAUAUCUCGAGAGCCGUGCUUACUUCUGGAUUUCUAGAGCACAAACUGAAAGAAUGAUCUUAUUGCACAGUGCCGAUCACACUCUGGUGCUUUACGUACUUUAUUAUUUCUUUAUGAUUAAUCUCUUUUGAGAAUAGCUCUAACAGGUUGGACUGAAGUUUUAAGCAAUGGAUCCAGUAACGAGGUGGACACCAACACAGGUUGUUGACUGGAUGAGGGGUCUGGAUGACAGUCUACAACAAUAUGUGCACAACUUUGAGAGAGAGAAGAUUAAUGGAGAACAGCUACUGAAAAUCUCCCAUCAGGACCUUGAGGAACUGGGAAUUGCCCGCAUUGGCCACCAGGAACUGGUUUUAGAGGCCGUAGAUCUCCUCUGUGCUCUGAACUAUGGUGUGGAGACAGAUAACUUGAAGAACCUGGUGCUGAAGAUGAGAGCUGUGACCAACAGCCUUCACACUGCAACAUCAGAACGAAGGAAGAGCCCUACGUAUGAAAGCAACACGUCUAGCAAGCUCCCAAAUGAAUUCCUCUCCUCUGUGGUUGAACUUAUUGGAGCAGCCAAAAGUCUCCUGGCAUGGCUGGACAGAACACCAUUGACGGGGAUCAGUGAUUUCACCACCACCAAGAACAAAAUUAUUCAGUUGUGUCUGGAACUGACCACUACAGUGCAACAGGACUGCACCAUCUAUGACAUGGAAGAGAAGAUUUUGGAUGUUUCAAAGGUAUUGAACACUAUUUGUGACCAGACUGUGAGAACCACCUCUGAUCCUCUCAUGAGCCAGUCAGCAUGUCUGGAGGAAGUUCAGCUGACCAACAUCAAACCAGGAGAGGGAUUGGGCAUGUACAUAAAAUCCACCUACGAUGGGCUUCAUGUCAUCACUGGCACCACUGAACAUUCCCCAGCAGAUAUGACACACAAGAUCCAUGCUGGAGAUGAAGUCAUCCAAGUCAAUCAGCAGACAGUGGUGGGUUGGCAGCUGAAGAACCUGGUGGCCAAGCUGAGAGAGGACCCUAAAAGUGUGGUGCUUCUUUUAAAGAAAAGGCCCACAGGAACCUCAGGAUUUACCCCAGCACCUCUCAAAAACAUGCGCUGGAAACCGCCCGUGCCUCAGAGCUCCACGUCUCCUAGUAAGAGUCAGUCAGACAAUUCUGCCAAACUCUGCAGUAGAAAGGACAAGCCGGCCAUUCUGGACCUGUACAUCCCUCCACCUCCAUCAGUGCCUUACACACCACGGGAAGUACGGAACAGCUCAUACACCAGCCUUAAUGUCAGACCUAAAGGCUCGGAGUCCCCAAACUCCUUCAUGGACCUGGAGAGCCACCGGCGCUUCACCAUUGCGGACUAUGACAAACUGUCUGUUCAACCACUUGAGGUCAACGUACAGAUGCGUCCAAGAGGAAGAUCCUCUUCACAAGGUAAACCACGACCUCUGUCAAUGCCUUCGGAUACAUGUUUGAGCGUGGCAGAACUGUAUGCAAAGCCCUGGACACAGGGACGGAAAGGUGAAGAUCUUCUGUACAGAUACCUAAGUAACGAACGCAUACCAACUAUCGCUGAGGAGGCCCCGGGCCCAGCCUCGUCUUACAAGUUCACAGCCGAAACACCUGCUUAUGUGACCAACUACUCACGGAACAGCCGAUUCCUUGUCAAUGUGGAUCUACACAACAGCGCCACCAUACCUUAUCAAGAGGACUUAGUCAAAAAGACCCCCGUGACAUCCACCCCCAAACGGCCCCCCGCGGAGCCCUCGCUACUGGUCAGUUGGAUCACACGGCUUAAGCUAUUGACUCACUAAUGUCAGCUUGCCUUCACCCUUUGUCCAGCUGUGUCCGAUGACUCUUUUCUCAUGUACUUUUUCAUGCUUUCACUCUCCUUUUCUUGGGGUAUUUCUUUGUGCCUCUUAUUUGUCUACAUUACCACUUGACUAGAUUGCCUAGAAUGUGUCUAAAAUGACUAGAAUUUAACCUCAGAAAUGUAUGUUUGGAAACACAUGUGGGCAAAAAUGAGAUACAUUAUCUCUGCUUAACUCAGUUGUCUUUUCAGAAAGAAUGACUUGUACACCACAGUAUUAAUUUGCAUAUUAAGCCACUUGAAAAUGUAUAUCUACCUCAGCUAUUUCCACAGUGGAAUCCUUGAAAUUCAAAGCGUUCAUGGAACAGUAGUACAUAGUUUAUAGUUGAGGGGGAAGAAAAAAAAAAUUCCAGUCAUUUUUCCCAUUCCUACUGAACCCCAUGUCUUUCCAAACAGUUUAGUCAACUAAUUUCUAAUUAGAGAAACAAAUGCAUCCUGUUGUUUCUCUUGUCUUUUGCUUUGGAUGUAAAACCUUCAAUAGAUGUAAUUGGAGGGUUCAACAAACUUUUUUUUCAUAUGGUUACAUUUUAUUGUUUUCUGUGUGUUAAGAGUAUGUUUUUUGAGUAAGUUAUUUUUGUUUUACACCAAAGGAAUACAUUUUUGAUCUUUUACAUUUGUGAUACGUUACAAUGGGUAUAUUGAUAGGAAUAUUUUUCCAAAUGCUUAUUGCAUUUUGAAAACAUUUUUUUCCCCUUAUUUUUUAUCAAUGGUAUAGUUUACUCAGUAAUUCUGACAUCAUUUACUCACCCUGUGUUGUUCCAGAUCUGUGGUGUUUAUGCUUUGCAGGUUGUCCAAACUUUAUUUUUCAUAAAUUAAAUGACCGUAAAUUUUUAUUUUUAGGGUUUUAAAGAAAAACAACUCAGACGUUGUUCAAAAAAAUCUAGUUUUGUGUUCCACAAAAUAAGGAAAAUAAUAAGGGUUUUGAAUUAAGGGUAAAUAAAUGAUGGCAGCUUUCUUAGCUUGUCAUUGUAAAAUCUAUGCUUUUUAGCCAUUGCUGAUGGCAAAUCAUUUUUGAUUGAGGAAUCAUAGGACCAGGUUCAUACAGUAGGGUGACUAUGUUGCUCUGGACCAGUGGUGUUUUCCCACUGCCAGAUAAAUGGAAACAAAUAGUACAAAUAAGAUUGAGCACUGUAUAAAUCACUAUUUCAGCUGUAAUGUUGUUUUCACUGAACGCUGGGUUUUAUAUCAGUAUUUUGCAUUUCUGUAUUAUGCAGAAGGGAUUAUGUCAUAUUAACUAUUAGUCUAAGAUGGUUUUCCCUCCAAAUUAACUCUUUUGUACCACACUUACAUUUUGUACCACAUUAGUUGCUUCUUUCCAUUAAAGCUGCUGUUCCUGA